UUGAAGCGUCUCGCUCCGCUCCGCUUCGCUUUGGUCCGCUCCGGUUCGCUUUGGUUCGCUUUGGUUCGCUCGGCUCCGCUCGGCUCCGCAGUCCCAGCGCAGCGCAGAGGCAGUGCUAGCUUUGGAAACAUCCACAACACACCAGAGACAUGAAGGACAAACAGAAACGAAAGAAGGAGAGGACCUGGGCCGAGGCAGCUCGUCUGGUCCUGGAGAACUUCUCAGAUGCUCCGAUGACUCCCAAACAAAUCCUCCACGUGAUCCAGACCAAAGGACUCAAGGAGAUGAGUGGCACGGCUCCGUUGGCGUGUCUGGUCACUAUGCUGCACUCCCAGGUGAGAGGAGACCGCGUCAAGAACAGCAUCUUCUUCAAACUGCCCGGACGCAUGAGCCUGUUCACUCUCAAGAAAAACGCCCUGCAGUGGACCAAGAUGGCGGAGGACGCGGAGCUCCAGGCCGAGGCGGGCAGCUCCAGCAGCAGUCCUCAUGAGGCGGGCUCCGCGGGGGGCCCCUCAGACGCCACAGAGCAGGAGAGCUGUGACUCCACAGAGACCACAGUGGCGGUCAGCGGAGACAACGACGCGUCUGUGGAUGAGAGCUCCUCCAGCCCCCUGUGCUCCACAGACCCCGCCCCCGUCAGUCACCCCCAGACCCGACUGAGCAGAGCAGCCCAGAGACCAGACGCCCAACGCCAGCCUCCCCCCCACGCCCAGACCAGACUGAGCCGCUCCAGACAGUCCGGGAGACAGAGGAAGAAAGCCGUCAUGAUGCCUCGUGUGGUCCUCACGCCUCUCAAAGUCAACGGAGAACAUGUGUCAUCAGGCCCCAUGAAGAGUCGCAGAGGAGGAGUGGAUGUGGACUUUGAGACUCCAGGGUCCAUCCUGGUCAACACAAACAUCAGAGCUCUGAUCAACGUGAGGACCUUCUCCGCCUUCCCCCCACACUCCCAGCAGCAGCUGCUGCAGCUCCUGCCCGAGGUGGACAGACAGAUUGGAGCUGAUGGAAUGGCCAGACUCAGUAGUUCUGCUCUCAACAAUGAGUUCUUCACUCACGCCUCACAGAGCUGGAAGGAGCGUUUGGCUGAAGGGGAGUUCACUCAUGAGAUGCAGGCGCGAUUCCGACAGGAAAUGGAGAAAGAGAAAAAGGUGGAGGCCUGGAAAGAGAAGUUCUUUGAGGAGUACCAUGGACAAAAGCUCGGGCUCACCCAUGAGGAGUCCCUGCAGCUCACCAUGACCGAGGCCACAGAGGUGGCUGCCACGGUGCUGGAGGAGGGCGUGGCCGCCGUGGCGUCCAGUACCCCCAAGAGACGCAGCGUGGGGCGCAGGAGGAGGGACGGGCGCAUGAGGAGACGCGCCAGGGCUGACCUGAGGCGCAGAGCCCGCCGCCCGCUCUGCAAACCCGCCCCUGUGCUGCCCCCCACAGACACAGAGGCGCCGGCCGCGCCCCCGGAGGCUCCUGAGGUGUGCGAGGCCGUUCCUGUUCCUGACACUGUGGUGCUCACAGACCCCAUCGAGUUCCCCGCAGAGAGCACGCCCAUAGAACCCGAGCCCGUGGAGCCCGCCCCCAUGCCGGAGCCCGACCCCCCCUCCAGCCCGAGCCCCAGCCCGGCUUCCACCAGCGCCAACGAGGACCCCGAGGUGCCCCCCAGCCUGUCCGUGGAAGAGCCCGCCGCAGCCUCCACCUCGUCCCUGUCCUCCUCCUCUUCCUCGUCCUCGGCCUCGUCCCCCGCCUCGUCCCCGUCCUCCCCCUCGGACCCUCAGGUGUUUGGAGCGGGUCUGGACUCGUCCUCUUCUGCCUCCAGUGCCGCUGUGGUGGCCGAUCCUCUGGAUGACACGGCGUCUAUCGUGACCUCCGUCACCGGCACCGCCACCAGCAGCCGGGAGAGCAGCCCCUCUGCCAGCCCGGCGCCCACCCCCGCCCCGGCGCCCACCCCCGCCCCUCAGCCCAAGGAGCAGAAGAGGAGACCAGAGACCCACGACUUUCGCAGCUUUCCCGAGAAAAGACCCCGGCUCAACGACCAGCAGUCCUUUCGUACCACAAUUACCGGUGUGUGCUCCGAGAAGCCGCAGCCAACAACAGAGGAACCCAAGGUGCCGCCUAUACGGAUUCAACUGUCCAGGAUCAAACCUCCCUGGGUCAAAGGUCAUCCCACCUAUCAGAUCUGCCCCCGGAUUGUGCCCCCCGGCCAGGGCUCGCAGCGGUCGGGGACGGGGGGCGCGAGAACACUGGCAGACAUCAAGGCCCGUGCCCAGCAGGCCCGUGCCCAGCGAGAGGCCGCUGCUGCUGUUGCGGCCUCUGCCGAAGGACCCUCUCCGAACACGCCUGGGGUGCAACAUAGCCCUGGGAUACACCAUAGUACCAGCGCCCGUGAACCAGAGCGCCCCCUGUCUGCAGAGGGACGCACACCUACAGGCUCUGAUCCAGCUGGAACACAACUACAGCUUCCCCAUGUAGACACCCCGCCCAGCGCGCCACCCAGUGCCCAGCCCUCACCCGCCCCAUCCACUACCUCCACGACAGUGUCCACAGAGCCGUCGCUCACGCCCAGCCCCCACCAGGACGCCGCAGAAGAGGACAGAGCCGCUCCGCCUGAAGACAAGUCCAGUGAGACGCAAACUUGCUCCUCCAAAUCUGACUCUGAGCAGGAUCUGCCCGUGGACAAUGCCUCCGCCCCCACAGAGGUCCUAACAGACGCCCCCACAGAUGCCCCCAAAGAAAUCCCUACAGAGGUGCCCACCGAGGCCCGAACAGAGGCUCUGACCCGGACUCUAACCCCCACAUCCAUCCCCGACACACUGCCCAGGUUUGGAGCUAAGGGCGUGGACGUGAGCCAGAAACUGCCCUGUGCCCGCCCAGAGGAACCUGCCCCGGGCGUGAUCCAGCACAGCUCUGAGGUCAGUCCUCCGGCGGUGACCCCUCCCUCUGCCCCUCCCUCCACCUCGCCCACCUCCCUGGCCCUCAGUGUGAAGGAGGAGGACGACGGAGCUCACAGUGACUCCACGGAGACGGCCUCAGACGGGGAGACAGAGGGACAGCAGGACCGGGGCUGGCGCUCCUCAGGGGACAGUCCUCGGCCCAACCACAAACCGGUCAUCCAGUCCCACGUGUCGGGCCGCUGCGGGCCCACGGUCAUCCAGCACUGCUUCAUGAACGGCCUCUCCCAGCCGCACGACUCCAUGGACGGUCUCUGUGACGGGCCAAAGCUCAGCGAGGUGAAGGUGGAGCCCGGGGAGAGACUGAGUCCUCCUGACCCAGACUGUGCCAAACCCAGAAGAGCCUUGAGCGCCGCCCGGCCGCUGUCCAGUGUGGAGGCCAACAACCCCCUGGUGACUCAGCUCCUGCAGGGCAGCCUGCCCCUGGAGAAGGUGCUGCCGUCUCAUGGAGCCACCAGACUGGAGUUCAGGGGCGUUCCCGCCGCUCAGCCCGCGUCCCCCUGUGUGGAGGCCCCCGCUGUGCCCCCCACUGGGGCCCUGCAGCAGCAGGUGCCCGUCAUCACCUCUCACCCCUCGGGCUCCUCCAGGUGUAAACCUGAACUCUCAGACUUUACUCCCAAAGACACUGUUUGUCCCCAGCCCUCUCAGGGGGCCACUCUGGACCGGACCAUGGCCACCAGGACCAUGCUGACGGACCCCUCCCCUCCCCACGCCGACCCCUGUCCCACCGAGACCGUGCCCCACAUGAAGCCGGGCUCCUGGGCUCCUCAGACGCCCGCGGCCGCCGUGAAGAGUGAGGGGGGCUUUCGGCCCUCGUGUCAGGACGGGGCCAGUCCCUCGCCGGCCCUUCCCGUUAGUAUUACCAAAAAGGAGCUGCUGAGCUCCGUGGACGGGUACCUGAGCGGGGGGGCCAUGGAGGGGCUGCUCAACAUGGAGCUGGCUCUGGCGCGGAUGGCAAAGAAGGACCAGCACAAAGGCGGCGGCUCCUCGGGGCCCCUGCCCUUCCAGCUGUACGGGAAGCUGCCUAAGCAGGGCCCCGGCCUCAGCUACACGGCCAACGUGUCCGUGAUGGACAGCGGCCUGUCCCUGCGCCCCCUGCAGGCCUUCAGCGACACUACAGAGGAGGUGGCUCUGAAGUGCUCGUGCCGCCUCAAAGCCAUGAUCAUGUGCCAGGGCUGUGGAGCCUUCUGCCACGACGACUGUAUCGGCCCCUCCAAACUGUGCGUGUCCUGCCUGGUGGUCAGAUAGUCUGCCCCCGCUGGCUGCUGUCGGUAUUACAGAGCCGGAGGAACAACAUGAACGAGUGUAAAAUAGAACAAGUGUUAUUGAGCGGAGCAGGUUUGCUGUACUGGUUUAUUAUUGAUAUAAUUCUGGUUAAUAUAAUUGUACAUUCUGGGCAUGAUGGAUUUGUAAGUUGUGCCUUUUGUGUUUACUUGGAAACAUUACCUCAUCUUUAUGCCAUGUCUUGUUUUGGUUGCCAGCGUUGUCUUGGUUCCUUGUUUGCUUAACAGGGGCUUGUUAUUUUCUUGUGCAAAUAAAUAUUUUUUUAACCAUGAAA